CCAUAAAUACUCUUUUUUUUUUCUUUUACUAAUUUUCCUUCUUUAUUUUAUUUUAUUUUAUUUUAUAAAUUUUUUUGCAAUUCUGUUUCUUCUCUCACAAGCCCUCAUUACUGUGAGGGAUUUUCUUCUUCGAUCUUUGCUUUAUCAGGUUUCCACUUUUAGGUUUUUCUCAUGGCGUCCAAGCGGAUCUUGAAGGAACUCAAGGAUCUGCAGAGGGAUCCUCCUACGUCUUGCAGUGCUGGUCCUGUAGCUGAAGAUAUGUUUCACUGGCAAGCAACCAUAAUGGGACCUCCAGACAGUCCCUAUGCUGGUGGUGUUUUCCUUGUCACCAUUCACUUCCCUCCAGACUACCCAUUUAAGCCUCCCAAGGUAGCAUUCCGAACAAAGGUAUUCCACCCAAAUAUAAACAGCAACGGAAGCAUUUGCCUGGACAUAUUGAAAGAGCAGUGGAGCCCUGCCCUAACCAUUUCUAAGGUGUUGCUCUCGAUCUGUUCUUUGUUAACGGAUCCUAAUCCCGACGAUCCGUUGGUGCCAGAGAUUGCUCAUAUGUACAAGACAGACAGGAACAAGUACGAAACCACUGCAAGGAGCUGGACCCAGAAGUAUGCCAUGGGGUAAAUGGUGUAUCCCAAUCUCUAGCUUGUAAUUUGGGAGUCUAUUGUGAUUUUAAAUAUAUAUAUAUAUAUCUGGCAAUUUGUAUGCAAUUGUAAUUCUGUUUCCAUCCCCUCUGAAAAAGAAAUGCACCAAAUAUUUGGUGCAACGAUAGCUUUGUGAAAGAAGGUAAAGGCAUGUUUUUCCCUUGUUGUUGUCCAUGGAUAAUGUGAGCUCUGUUUAGGGUUUUGUAUUGGAAUGUAAUUGUGCUGAAUUCCUUGAACAUCAU